GGUCGAACGAGCCAACUAUUGUUCCUCGACACAACGCUAAGCACAAAUCCACACUACAUUACAUUUCCGAAGGCCAUUUUUGUUCCUAAAGCCGAAUGAUUUACAAAGGCAUACAGGAAGUAGAAACGGAAUAAUUCAAAAUCAUGUGACGAGUUGUUCGAAAGUUGUUCGAAACUUGUAAAGUUUGUGUGUGUUAAGGUUCUGACUUAUUCGUUGCAUCUCGCUAAUCGACACGUCAUACUGUACACACGCCACGAAGUACCUAUAACGAUGAAGUAUCUACCGGAAAAAGAAAACAAAUUAGUACAGGCUAUAAACAGAAAGGACUGGCCAGCAGUAAGGAACACCCUUGAAAAUGAACCACACCUUAAUGAAACUCAUGACGAGAUCGGCGCCACGCCAUUAAUGUACGCCGUGUCUCGCCACGCACCAGAUGACGUAUUGGAGAAUAUGAUAGAAACGGCGUCUGUAGAGAAUUUAGGACAACAGCAGCGUUUUGGUGGUUCCACUAUUCUCAAUCUCUUGGCAUUCUUCGCACGCGUGUCAGCAAUGAGAUGCGUGUUGGAAAGAACAAACAAGAACAUUAACACACAAGACGACUUUGGACGCACACCACUACAUGACUGUCUAGGUGAUUGGGGGAUGCUGAGUAGUUAUGAGGAACACAGACAGACGGCAAUUUGCCUGAUCACCUACGGCGCGUCUGCCGCCAUAAAAAAUAAGGAUGGAAAGACGCCUCUUGAUGUGUAUGAUGAAAACGAAUGUAAACGAUACGAAGACACCACAAGAAAGAAGAAGAAGAAAGAAUUAAGAGAUUUACUUGAAGAGGUUUUAGCCAGGGGUCCCGAUGCUGUCAAAGCAUUCAAAGAUGCAACAGACGGUGAAAUAACAGUUAAUUCAAGACUGACGUUUCUUGGUCAAGAGGGUUUAGGAAAGACAUCUUGUGCCAAAGCCAUGCUUGGGAAAGAAUUUAAUGAAACAGAGCCGUCAACUGAUGGCAUUGAUACGACGACUGUCUUUCAAAUCGAUGAGGAUUACAACAAAUUGGAGCAGAAAGAUGUAGACGAUCUCUCUGUUGUUAAGAAAAGAAAAAUACAACACUCGGACGAAUUACUUAUAACGAAAAAGCUCAAGACAAGUGAACAAAUAGCAAUGGAAGCAUUAUCGGAUGAGGAAUUCAGCAUUCUCAAUACUUACAUCUCACAAUGGUAUGACAGCCACAAAUGUCUUCCUAUGCUGAAAGUGUUGUUUAGAGAUAAGCUGGACAAUCACGAGCUAUCACAAGUAAAUGGCACGAUGGACUUGCUGAAUAAAAUAUUGGCACGUGGUCAUCUGAGUUCACAGAAUCUUAGAAUCCUCUGUGAUACCAUUAGCGUAACUAAACAUUUUGGUCUUUUAUUGAAGAUUAAAAAAAAACUACCAUCAUUCCCGGAUGUUAAAGAAGGAACCAUUUCAGGCUCAUUCACACCUCACAGACAAAAGCUAAUGAAAUUUGGAAUGGUACUGUCUUCAGGCGAUGUGAAGCAGAUUGAUGGAUUGUAUAAUAAACCUUGUAAGGACUAUACAGAUAGAUGGAGCAUGAUCAGUGAUCUAGAACACCAACAGAUUAUGAGUGAAGAUAAUAUAAAAAAAUUCAUUGAUAAAAUGAAAAUCCUCAAUCUUCCUCUAGCAAUUAAGGCACUAACAUAGGUAUUUUAAACUUUUUUAAAUGGGUUUUAUACAUACUUUUAUAUUAUAAAUAUUAUGUUAGGUUGACUGGUAGAACACAAAUUUAUUAAAAUAUAACAAA